AACGCGUUCUCUCAGUUCCGCGUCGACACGGCUACGGAACAGUCAGUCAACAGGAAAGGACGACGCGCGUCGCGACGCUCUCUGCGCCUUUCCGCCACGUUUCGCGCCCAAAAACUCCAUCACCCUUUCUCACUCUGUCUCCAUGUAUCCUUAUUUCUCUCUAACUCUCCUUCUCGCACUGUCUUUAUAAAUCUCUCUUCAACGCGCACAACACACAUACAGCCGUAUAAUUUCCUCACACCCAAACACGCGCGUUCUAAAAUCCCCCAACAAACGUGAAUUAAAUUAUCGUUUUGCGCACUCAUUCAUUAUGAAUCAGGAUUAAUUAACGGCGUAAUAAAAUUUGACAAAUCUUCCGGACAUGGAAAGAUAAUGGCCGUCUCCAAUCGCACUCCUCAACUUAAUAACAAGAGCGCCUCGACAAGGAAAAUGGAUGUUACAGCUUUCUUAACAAUCAUAUUGAUUUUAUUAUUUCAUGGUGCUGAUGGAUUAAAAUCUCUCAUCAUAAGAGUCCCGCAAGUUGUAAAAAGCGGCGACACAGUUACACUUUCUUGCAAUUAUGAUUUAGAAGAGGUCGCUCUGUACACCAUUAAAUGGUACAGGAACGACGUCGAGUUCUACAGAUUUGUUCCGAAGGAGUCGCCGCCAUCUCGAGCUUUCACCAUGCCUCACAUUCAUGUUGACAUUGCCAAAUCCGGACCCACCGAAGUCACUUUACGUGGGGUGCGAAAGGAACUCUCGGGCGACUACAAGUGUGAGGUCUCCGCCGAUGCGCCCCUAUUCCACACUGAAAUUAAAAUGGCUCAUAUGACCAUUAUUGAAGUCCCCAGUGGUUCACCCUCGUUGGAAAUCGAGCCCAAAAAGGUGGAGGUCGGUAAGAGGAUCGUGGCGAUGUGCUCGACGACCGGUUCCACCCCUGCGGCCAACAUAACGUGGUAUAUUAAUGACGAAUUGGUGACCCCGCACAAUGAUGAUGUAAAAAUAUUUCCCACAAGGCACGAACCGGAGAUUGAUGAUGCAGAUCUUCAAACGUCCAAGUCCCGCAUCGAAAUCAUUGCAAAUAAGUCUUACUUUAUUACGGGACCGAUGAUCCUUAAAUGCGAAGCGACAAUCUACUCUGCUUGGAACAGAUACACUGAUGGCUUUAUCAGGGAUGAAACACCGUUGCUGGCACCGGUCCUCCUCUCCACAUCAUCGCAGACCCACGACGACGACAAUUUUGAUAUUUUCGGGCACAACGGAUCUCCAGUGCGGUUGGACCGGAUGGUUUUGAACGUUCUGAUUGCGCUGCAGCUCCUCUUGUUUAGGUAAUGAUCAUGCCGCGGGACUCGAACGAAUUAUUUGUGCCUAAAUAACUAAGCGAUGAAAUACAGAUUGAAACAAACCAAACUAUAUAAAAAAAAACACGCACACAUAUAAGAAAUAGACAAUUCGAGAAACUGAUGACAUGCGUAUAUCUGAUUUUACCACAACACAUGUAAAUUUUCAGUUUCCACUACUCAUCUAAUUACAUAUACAUACAUAUGCUACCAAUGGCUUUUGUGUGCAGAGAUUGGGUUCGACAUUAUUCUGGAAAUUUAUUUCACUCUUUGUUGUUGCUGCAUAUGUUGCAGAACGGUUGGGUCGAUUUAGUUAAGUGAUCAGCAGGUUGGUGAAUGUAACGAAAGGGAAAAGGUUCCAUCGCCGUUCGGUUCUCUCCUCAUUGGUCCACUUCUCUGUCCCUUUUUGAGGACAAUACGCUCGGAAGCGUUCACAAAACAAAACGAUUUGUAUGGACUGUCAUGCGUUUGACACGCUUCGCUUUAAAUUCCCUUGUUAUUAAACGAUGUCAUUUAUAAUAUUCCCCGACAAUAAAGCCGGGCGCAGGAGGCAAGAGAAAGAAGAAAGAGGGCGCGCGAGGGGUGCGCGAGAGACGAACAACAACAAAAAAAGAGAAGAAAAUGUGUUUGUGUGUGACCGUCGUCUAUAUAUAGAUGUAAAGAUGUAUGUAUCUGUGUGUGUAUUAUCGAAACAAAGAAAGGAAUCACGGACGAAGAAAAAUGCUUUGUAUCGGAGAACCAUCGUGUCAAUUCUGCAAAUACAAUUGAAAAUCAUAAACAGAGCACCACCAUCACCGAUACCAUUGCCCACCAGAUACAUGUAUUUACUUCUGACCGCUCGUUUAUUUGUACUUUUCGCUUUAAUUUACAAAAAUUGAUUGCUUUGCUGUUAAUUAAAUUUGCUUUAUUAAUUCAGCGCAUUUGCAGCCGACACGCGGCGAAACCAAUAUUUAAUCGAAACGUGGCUCGAUACAUCAUUUUUCAUGUUGCGAAUAUAAUUCACAAUGUUUUUUAAUAGUUAAACCGCUGCUGUUGUUAGUACGCAAAUGCAAGAUAAAUCUUUCAGCAGUAUUUGUUUGGAAAUCGAAGAAAUUUAUUUUUUUCAUAUCCGAAUAAACACAAAGGAAUUAUGCGAGCAGAGGAAAGGAUUGAUCCGAUUUUAAUGUUUUGUUAGCAAAUUUAUUUAAAACAAAAAUGUAUAAUAAUUAUUGAGUUAAUUUAAUGCGUAAACGAUAGUUUGUUAUUUUAAUUUGGUGGAAGAGAAGAUAAUUUUAAUUAAGAACAAACAUAUUUGUUUAUAAACAUGGUUGUAAUAAAAUUUAUAAGCUGGGCUUAAUCUGUAAAUGUUCUAUUUGAUUUAUUUUUAUAUGUCUAAAAUAUGACAAUUUGUUACCAAUUUGCAACGUAUCGGCCUAAUUAACAUUCAAUAUUAAUAUUAUGUAUCACACAGCUGCAUUUGGCCCAACUCAAAACAAACGUUGGUAAUAUUUUCCCAGUUAUAAUUCAUAUUAGUUUCAUAUUAAUUUGCUCGAAAAUUUCUUUAUAAAACUGCAAUUAUUUAUAAAGUAAAUGCUUACGGGCGGUAUAAUACAGUUUAUUGACACUUCGUAUUCGUAAUACGAACUAUACGGUUUAUAAAUCUCUGCGCACAAAAACAUUAUUUUAAAAUCAAUUAUAAA